CAAACGUGGAGCUCCUCGAAUGGAUCUUCCCAAAAGAAGGUAAGAAAAAGUUGCCCUAAUACUGCUGAUAGGUGGUAGUAAAUGGAACGUUCAAGAUGUAGGUUGAAACAAAUGAGAAGGGUAACUACAUUGUUUUUUUCCCUUUAUUUUUUAUUUGAAAUAAUAGCAGAAAAUACCAAAUUUUUACCACAGCAGGGCUUUUCUGAGCCAUGUGCUCUUGUUCACCUUUACACAUCAACUGCAUUCCCCUGAUAAACUCACUGUCGUUUUUUUUUCUCCACAAUCUAUAUUAAAUGUCUGAACUUAAUGAAGGGCAACAUGUUGCAUAAACAGGUUGCCCAAUGUUAGAAAGAGACCAGCAGAGACUUCAAGAAGUACUUCCAAGCAUACAACAUUUGAAAACCCCCCAAAAGAGAUAAGGAUGUAGGAAUUUCACUGGAGAGAUAUUUUUUUAAUUGUUUUGUUGUGUGAGCAUCAAAUACAUUUUGAGUUGAGGGAAGAGGACAGGUGAGCCAUUCACUGUUAAUGCCAGUGCUUUUCCCACUGUGACUUUAUAAGACAAGUUCAGCUGCAAAAGGUCCAACAAAGUCCAUUAUCUGAUUUAAUGUUGGGAGCAUUUACAAAGUGAACAGCCCUAGGAUCCCUCUCAAAGGCCCCUGGAGCUAUAUCUGCUCUAGGACACUUUACUCUACCCUACCAGUCUAUUCAAAGUGCUAGAUUUAUGGUUUUUAUUAUUAAUUGGAAAAGCAAAUGCUGUUUCACUUUUAACAUUUAGAUAAAAGAAGGUGGAAGCAAAUGUUAUGUUAAAGCCUUACAGAGGCUCUAAUAAUGGAGUUGAAUGGUGAAGCACAGGGUGCUGUAUUCAAAGCUGUUGCAAAUCUUGAGGCGUUUGGGAUAUAUUGUGUCUCAGCUCAUUGAGAAGGCCAGAGCCAUCCGGCAGACAGGAGCUGAACUUUUCAACUUGGUACUUCAGUUCUAUACGAUGCAGAUGCUCAGCCCAGAGAAAGCCGCUAAAGCCUGGAGAGCACAUGAGAUGAGUUUUCAUUCAUUCUCUUAACUACCCAUUUCAGGAGAGCUUGUUGUCAACCCGGACUAAUUGCUUCGUUUCACAGUCAGAUAUUGGAAAUUUGAAAGGGCUGUGUUCCACGGCUCCUCCUGGUGUAUGUAGCGUGUGAACCUGGUGCGCGUCCUUAACGAAUGAGAAAAAAAAAAACUCUCGAGGUGUAUGUGGUGGUCGAAAAGCAUCCUUGAUUUGACCUUUGUACCUUCAUAAUGUGAGGGUUUCUUUUAGUUCUUUCAUAGCUGCAGAAUACACACUCCUGCCUUGAAAAACUCAGGCAAGACAAGAGGGUAUUGCUCUUUGUGUAAACUGCCGAGAGCUGUAAGAGUUUUGAUAAAGUGCUGUUUUGUAACCACAUAGGUGAAUGGGUACAUUAUGUACUGUUGGCUUAAAAAGUCUAUUCACCAAAAGUCCAUAAUCAAAAUGUUGUGAUUGUCUGAAAUGAUUAACUUGGUGGGAUUUCCUCUGUUUCUUCUAUUCUGCUUCCACUACAGCCUCCCUACUAACCCAGAACGAUCUAGGAUUCCUGAACAGAACCAGCGUUGAGAAAAAAACGACAAGUGUGGAGCGGGGAGGGGAACAGUCGGUCCGGAUUUGCCGCCUUCUCCCGCACCCCGUCCGCUUUACUCAACCGCCCCUGAUGCCAUCUGCACUGCCAACGGAGACACUUUGCCUGUGCCAAGAAGCAGACAAAGACCCUCCCCACAUCCCUGGAGUACGGCCGCGCUCGCAGGAGCCAUCUUGGGAGAUGUUUGCCGCAACAGCUAAAAUGGCUGGGCUGGCACUCGAGCUUAUGCUGUGCCACGCUGAAGAGAUCCUCAUCUGCAAGGAGCAGGGCAUGGAGGACCCGGCUGUGUCACAAGGAGGAGAGGAGGAGGCGGCGGGUGAGGAGUACAUAGCCUUUGACCUCUCUAAGGGUUGCUAUGGGAAAGACGCCGGCCCGUUCAAACCAAGACAAGAGCUGGCACAUCCAGGACCAGAUUCAAGGAAAUGUCGUCACGAAGCUGGCAAGAUCCGCAGCUGCAUCAAAUCAAGAGUUUAUGAGAUUCCUCCAAAACAGUGUCUACUCUGACAUGCACACCGGUGUUUGGCUCCACUCCUGUAACAGUUCCUGCAAUAAAAAUAAUGAAACGGCUUCAGACAAAAAGCUACAAAUAAUAGUAUUUCCCACUCACUAAUCUAUCUACAUUUCCAAAACACUUCACAAUGUUUUGAUAUGUUUUUAAAUUGCCAAUUCAUUUUUAUUUCUUGUGUGGCAACAAUUGAAUAUUUUUGCCAAGAUAUGAAUGUAUUCAUGACCCAGUUGACAAAUGUUUAUUAUACACCAAUGAAAAAAUGAAAAUAAUAAAUCUGAGAAGUCAAAUUUCA